AUGCCUGGCCUCGACUACUUCCAAGCUCCUGUUCAGAACGACUCACUCGUGGACGAGGACUUCGCCGAUUCUCCGGUUUCCCAUCCAAGUCCACCCCGCGACGUAUACUACAACGCUCGUCUUGACCCCAAGAAUUUCCUCGAGGGCCCUCUUUCCGUGAACCCCGCUACCCGCCUGCGGCAAAUGCUUGCCCGGCCUGGAAUCGUGGUCGCGCCCGGAAUAUGUGACGGAAUUAGCGCCAGAUGUGCUCUUGAAGCUGGGUUCACAUGUUUAUAUCAGAGCGGCGCCGCAACAACUGCGUCUCGUCUCGGCCAACCUGACCUUGCCAUUGCUACGCUGAAUGAUUUUGUCGGGGCCGCUCAAAUGGUAUGCAGCCUUAACCCUACAUGUCCUGUCAUCGCCGACGCCGACACGGGAUUUGGUGGACCGGCCAUGGUCGCUCGCACGGUAACGCAAUAUGCCAGAGCAGGCGUCGCUGCAUUGCAUAUCGAAGAUCAAGUACAAACUAAACGAUGCGGGCAUCUCCUCGGCAAGCAAGUCGUCUCGAGAGAAGAGUUCUUGACUCGAAUCCGAGCAGCCGUCAUUGCUAGAGAUUCUAUACCCGGCGGAUCAGACUUUGUCAUCAUUGGUCGUACUGACUCGGCCCAGGUGCUGGGGAUGGACGAAGCAAUUGCAAGGCUGAAGCUCGCUGCUGCAGCAGGCGCGGACGUUUGCUUCAUCGAAGGCGUGAAGUCCAAGGAACUCCUCGAGUCUACUGUCAAAGCCCUCGCCCCCGUACCCGUGCUGGUCAACGUCAUCUCCGGGGGUCUUACGCCAUCAUUUACUUCACAAGAAGCAGAGCAUUCGGGGGCGAAGAUUAUCAUAUUUUCGUUAGUGUCGUGUGUUGCUAUGGUGCAUGCGUGUCGUGCUGCGAUGCAAGCAUUGAAGAAGACUGGGACGGACUUCUCUUCUGCCAAUGGAAUGGAUCCGAGAUCGUUCUUCAAAGUCAUGGGUCUUGAUGAGGUGAUCGAACUCGAUGCUCGAGCGGGGGGUUCCGCCUUCGCUUCAGUGUAG